UCCGGAAACCCUCGCUGCGCCCCUGCAAAGCAAGUUCCCGGGGACCCCUGCUGGCGAAUUGUGAGUUUUUCAGUCGCGCACGUCCAGGGCCACUGAUAGAACCAUGACAACACCUUCUGAUGUGUUCCAGGCCCUCAUGGAUGGAGUGACAAGCUGGGAUCUUCCUGAAGGCCCUGUCCCCAGUGAGCUCCUUCUUACUGGGGAGGCCUCGUUCCCCGUGAUGGUCAAUGACAAGGGCCAGGUGCUCAUUGCUGCCUCCUCCUAUGGCCAGGGCCGCCUUGUCGUCAUAUCCCAUGAGGGUUACUUGUUGCAUGCUGGCUUGGCUUCAUUUCUUGUCAAUGCAGUGGGCUGGCUCCGUGUCACCCCUCAGGCCCCCAUUGGGGUGCACCCAUGCCUGGAACCCCUCGUGAGUCUCCUGAAAGAUGCUGGGGUCAAGGCACAGACCAUGCUGGAACCCGGAGAGCCCCAGGGGGCUUACUGUAUCAGUGCCUACAAUGCCAAGUUGACCGAAAAGCUCAUCCAAUUUGUAAAGCAUGGCGGGGGCUUACUCAUCGGGGGCCAAGCCUGGCACUGGGCUAGUCAGUAUGGCUGUGACAAGGUGCUGUCCAGUUUCCCUGGGAAUCUGGUGACGGGUGUUGCUGGAGUGUACUUCACUGAUAUCUAUGGGGACCGAGGCCGGCUCAAAGUCUCCAAGAAGGUGCCCAAGAUCCCACUUCAUAUCAGGUGUUGGGAGGAGCUCCAGCAGGAGGAGCAGCAGCUCCUGGAAGGGAUCUCUGAGCUGGACAUCAAGACCGGUGGCGUCCCCUCGCAGCUGCUGGUGCACGGGGCGUUGGCCUUCCCGGUGGGACUCGAUGCCUCCCUCGCCUGCUUCUUGGCAGCGGCCCGCUAUGGCCGUGGCCGAGUGGUCCUGGCUGCCCACGAGGGCAUGCUCUGUGCUCCUAAGUUAGGACCCUUUCUGUUCAAUGCUGUCCGCUGGCUCGCCAGAGGUCACACAGGCAAAGUUGGGGUGAACACAAGUCUGAAAACUCUGCCUCCCCUACUGUUGGAGCAUGGCCUGGGACGCAGCCUGGUGUCUCAUCUGACCCAUGACUUGAGUGUGUACUGCUGCGCUGCGUACAGUGCCCAGGAGGCCAAAGGGCUGCACGAGUUUGUGGCCGAGGGUGGGGGCUUGCUGAUUGGCGGUCAGGCCUGGUGGUGGGCCUCCCAGAACCCAGGUCGCUCAGCUCUGGCCGCUUUUCCUGGCAAUGUCAUCCUCAACUGCUUUGGCCUCAGCAUCCUGCCUCAGACCCUCAGCCCAAGCUGUUUUCCUGUUCCUACUCCUGAGAUGAGACGCUACCACCUCCGCAAGGCGCUGUCUGAAUUCCGGGCUGUGUUGAACCAAGGAGAUGGGAACUUGGAAAAGAACUGGCUGGCAAAGCUGAGAGUCGAUGGCGCAGGCUUCCUCCAGAUACGUGCAGAGGGAGUCCCAGCUUAUGCGUCAUUGCACCGGUUCCUGCGGAAGAUGCUGCGACAAUCAGGCCUCCCAGCCGUCAGCCGGGAAAACCCAGUGGCCAGCGAUUCCUACGAGGCUGCGAUGCUCUGCUUGGCCACGGAGCUCGCGCAUUCUGGGACUGACUGCUCCCAGCUGGGCCCGGGGCUCGGCACUCGGACCUGUUCCUCUGGGCGGUGUCUCUCCGAAGAUCCUAUCACUGUGGAGAUUGAUGGGACCAACCGAGGUGACAGUGAUUCCUGGGUAAGCACUGGGCUCUACCUCCCAGAAGGGCACAACGUUGAAGUCUGCCUGCCGGAAGCUGCCGCCUCUGCUGGCCUCACGAUACAGAUUGGCUGCCACACCGAUGACCUGACCUCAGCCAGCAAGCUGUCUCGAGCCCCUGUGGUGACUCACCGGUGCUGUAUGGACAGGAGCCAACGGCUGGUCUCCUGCCUGUGGGGUGGCCUGGUCUACCUCAUCGUGCCCAAAGGCAGCCAGCUGGGUCCUGUGCCUGUCACCCUCAAGAGGGCUGUGCCCGCCCCGUAUUACAAGCUGGGGAAAACAUCUCAGGAGGAGUGGAGAAGCCGUAUCGAGGGGAGCCCAGCCCCUUGGGGAGAGCUGGCCACAGACAACAUCGUCCUGAUGGUGCCAACUACAGACCUCAAGUCCUUGACAGAUCCAGCCCCUCUGCUCCACCUCUGGGACGAGAUGAUGCGGGCGAUAGCCAGGCUGGCAGCGCGGCCUUUUCCUUUUCUCAGACCUGAGAGGAUUGUUGCUGACGUGCAGAUCGCGGUUGGCUGGAUGCACUCAGGGUACCCCAUCAUGUGCCACCUGGAGUCUGCGCAGGAGCUCCUUAAUGAGACGGGCAUGAGAAGCAGAGGCGUGUGGGGAGCCGUCCACGAGCUGGGCCACAACCAGCAGCGGCCGGGGUGGGAGUUCCCUCCACACACCACCGAGGCCACCUGCAACCUCUGGUCAGUCUAUGUGCAUGAGACAGUCCUGGGUAUCCCCAGGGCGCAGGCACACCCUGCCCUGAGCCCUCCUGAACGAGAGAAGAGGAUCAAAGUGCAUCUGCAAAAGGGAGGGCCUUUGUGUGACUGGAACGUGUGGACGGCUCUGGAAACAUAUCUACAGCUCCAGGAGGCUUUUGGGUGGGAGCCAUUCACCCAGCUCUUCGCUGACUACCAGACCCUCUCUGGCCUCCCCAAAGAUAAAGACGGCAAGAUGAACCUAUGGAUGAAGAAGUUCUCGGAAGCAGUGCACAAGAAUCUGGUACCUUUCUUUCAGUCCUGGGGCUGGCCUAUCCAGAAGGAAGUGGCCGAGACCCUGUCCUGCUUGCCCCCCUGGCAAGACCACCCCAUGAGAACGUACAUGGAUUCCAAGGAGAAAGGGACAUGAGGCAGGCGUGGAGGGAGGAGAGGAAGAUCCCCCUUCUAGGCUGCUGCUGGGACCUGGCUGGAGAUGUCAUGAACCUUGAGUUGACAUACCGCUGUUACCAGAUUCUGGGGUGUUUCUGGCUUUUUUCUAGGUUCUUCUUGUCUUAAACAAAGAACUGGACAAAGGAAGCAUGAAAUGUAGCAGGGUUUUACUUCUAUUAAAGGUAGGAAAAGAAACAUAGUGUGCAGAGCAAGUUUGGGCCAAUGAAAUAUAAAGGAAGAAGCCCCCUCUGCAAGGCAAGAGCAGAUCACUGUGCAAGAGCGCCCAGUGGACGCCAAGGGAAUCGGAGCCAUCUUUCACGUCUCCCACUCCUCAGGCCAACCUGGCCGGUGGUGAUGAAGCUCUGGCGCACACACAGCAGUGGGCUAUUAGCGCCAUCGGAAGCCUAUGAGAUUUGCUGUCACAAAAACCUGCUUGGAGCAGAACUUCGGGAGUUAUUUUUCUGCCCAUUUCCAAGAAGUCCAUCAUUGACAGGUCAUGCUCACAGCCAAUUUGCCAAGCCCCAGUCACCUGCCUCCCUUCUUCGCAGCCUGCCUUCAGGGUGAUGGUCAAGGUCAUAAAGACAAGCAUCUCAGGAAUGUGCCUUUGUGCUUUCUUUUUCAAGCUUUUAUAUCUGGCUAGAGAUUUGCUUUGCCAUCACACACAUUCACAGAAUGCUGGACUUCAUCCAGCCCUCCUGAGGUUCUAUUUUUCAUCCGUAGUCCUAAAGACCUUGGGAUGCCAUGUUUUCAUUCAUUCCCCCUCUUCCAUCCUUGAGCAAGUCUUUCAAUUUCUUAUGUUUUGAGAAAUUUUUAAUAGCAAGAGAGACAGGCUGAUGUGGUGGACAGAGCCCUGGGCUAGCCUUGGUCCUACAAUCAAUCAGCCUCCCUCCGUGUCAGUGUUUUUAUCUGUGGUGUGGAUAAAACACCUUCCUUCCAGGGGUGUUAUUUGAUGCCAGUGGACAUGUUUGUGACCAUCCUGUGAUGCUCACAAAAAGUUAUCCUUUACCAUCCUCCAUUUCCAAAGUAGUUUUCAAGGUUCAUUGUAAUAUGGACGUUCUGUGGUCAAAUGCUCUACCACUGAGCUAUACUCCCAAUAUGGACAUUCUGAACACUGAAACUCACCACUAUGUCGACCCUCAGUCCUAUAGGAGCGUUACUGAAUGUCAGUAUUGUUUCCAAAAUUGGUAUCAAUAAGAACACAGUAAUACCUUGAUUCAAGAAUGUCUUUCUUUGCAUACAGUUUGGUUCAUGAACAGAAGUUUUUGGCAAAAUGUUACUUCUCUCUGAAAACAGCACUGAGUGACAAAAAUGGCAAAGGCUGUCUUUCCCACAUAAACAUAAAUGUAGCUGUCUGCUCCAGAAUCAUUGAGCGAAUUAAAUUUCUGAGCCACAGUACCACUGUGCCUGCUGGUGUUCUAUCCCAGCUGACAUUUUUUUUUUCUCAUCUCUGGAAGGAUUCUCACAUAUAAGCAGAAUGGCAUAUCCUCAGACUGAAUGUUCUAGAGCUACUGCAGUUUGGUCUUUUAGGUUUGUUCAACACAGAGGCCACCAUUAAAGGACAAAAUAACUUCUUGGCCCUUUACUUCUUGCUCAUUAAAAAUACGUGUCGCUUGCAGAAUUCAUAGCUGUCAUCCCAGCACUCUGGAAGGGUGAAUCAGAAAGAUCACAAGUUCAGACAACUUAGUAACUUAGCAAGGCCCUGU